CUUUGUGCUCCUAGGUGGCCCUGCCAGGGAUGGUGGGUGUGACUGCAGAGGCUGCCAAGGCCUCUAGUUACCUCUCAGGGCCCAGUUCUUAAGGGCUCCUCAUUUUGGCUUAUCACAUGAGAUGCUGUGCUUGAAAGCAAUCAAGUCCUUCUUGGAAAGGCCUCCGCCUGAUGAAAGGUGGAGAAGAUGGCCCUCCCACUUGCUGUUCUCAGCAGUUGGAAGCCAAGUGAGCACAAAGGGCCCAGAGCUGCCGCCAGUGGGGCUGCAUUUGGCGUCGUCUGGGGAGCGGCGUCUCGGUGUGCAAGUGAGCGCCCUGCUCACUGCUUUUGUCUUUCAGGGAGCAUCGUGAGUCUGGGCCAGCCAGUGAGCAAAUACACGGCAUUUGAAGAACUUGGGCGAGGGGGUUUUGGCGCUGUUUAUAAGGCCCUUGACACCAGCACAGGACAACAGGUGGCCAUCAAGAUCAUGUCACUCCAAGAGGAGAUGUCCGAGGAGCUGGCUGUCAAUGAAAUCCUGGUCCUGAGGGACAACAGGAAUCCCAAUAUUGUCACCUACUUGGACAGCUACCUGGUGGAUGCGGAGCUCUGGCUGGCCAUGGAGUUCAUGGACGGCGGCACGUUGUUUGAUGUGCUCAGGGCAGUGUACCUGGAGGAAGGACAGAUAGGCGCUGUCUGUCGGGAGUGCCUGCAAGGACUGCAUUUCCUUCACUGCCGCCAAGUCAUCCACAGAGACAUCAAGAGCGGCAACGUUCUCCUGGGCAUGGACGGAGCUGUCAAAUUGGCUGACUUUGGCCUCUGCGCUCAGCUCAGCCCUGAGCGCAGCAAGCGCAGCUCCAGCGUCGGCACUCCCAGCUGGAUGGCACCGGAGGUGGUGCGAGGAGAAGCCUACGGCCCCAAAGUGGACAUCUGGUCCCUGGGGAUCAUGGGGCUGGAAAUGGUGGAAGGGGAAGCUCCUUACCAGAGGGAAGCCCGUCUCAGGGUUUUUGAACUGAUAGAAAGGAACGGGCCCCCAAAACUGCAGAACCCCAGGCAGCACUCGGCUCUCCUGCGCGACUUCCUCCGCUGCUGCCUGCAGGCAGACCAGGACAGGCGCUGGAGUGCCCAGGAGCUCCUGCAGCACCCGUUUGUGACCUCAGGCGAGCCUGCCUCCAGCCUGGCUGCUCUGAUCACCUCAGCCAAGCAAGCGCAGGAUUGA